CCGUCCGCCUUCGCGCCAGCACCGUCCACCAUCGUCGCAUACAGUGAAGCCCUGCUGCUUCCGUUCCCGUGCCCGCGAAAGGCCCGCUGCCUCGUCGCUCACCAUGGAUCCGCUCGAGCUCGCCAAGAUCUUCGUCAAGACGGUGGUCCGCAUGUUCUACGAGACCGAGCACAUCGUGGUCGUCGAUGCGCUCGUGUUCCAUGGAGCGCUUGCGCUGUCCGACCUGGUCAUCGUGCUCGAUGCCGGCAAGAACUCCAAGGGCGUUGGCAAGCUCUGCGGCAAGCUUAGAGAGGGCGGGCUGGUCUCGGUCUACUCUCGCCAGGAGGUCCGCGAUGGGGCUAUGAAGUCCAUCAACCGCGAAUACUACUACAUCGACUACCGCCGCGCCAUCGACGCCGCCAAGUACAAGAUCCACAAGAUUGACGAGCGCAUAAAGAAGGACGCGAAGCCGACCACAGAGAAGGCCGAAUUCUUCUGUUCGCAGUGCAAAGCGCAGUGGACAACGAUGGAUGUGCUAGACCUCGUUGACCACCUCGGCAGGGACAGUGGAUUUUUAUGCAAGACAUGCGGGCAUCCGCUAACUGCCAUCAACACCACCGAAGGGCCGGAAAUCGAGAAUGACGAUACACCUGCCAAGUUUAAUAGGCUAUUCGGACCAUUACUCAAGCUCAUGCAACAGAUCGAUGAGGUGACUAUCCCGGCUAUUGAGGGCAAGGACGCUCUAGAAGCCGCUGUGGAGCUGCCGCGCGACAAAGACGUCAACCCGGGUGCGAGGCAUGAAGCUGUCCCUCUGACUACUGUUCGGCCAACGGCUGUCAAAGGAACGAACAACGCGGUGGAGAAGAUUGAAGUGCAGAUCGCUACCAACUCGGAAUACAACGAAGCCGCCCGAGCAGCUGAGAAAGCGCGGCAAGAGAAGAUUGCGGCUCAGAAUCUACUCCCAGAGUGGCAUACAAAGUCGACUAUUACGAAUUCGGGCUAUGACGCCAGCGCUGCGGGCGGGAAGCAGGAUGCGAAUGGGGUCGGCACACCAGCGAUCAAGACGGAGACAAUGGGCGACAAGAAUGGCAAAGAGCAGAAUCUAGAUGCUGUCUUCGCUGCGCUGGAGGAGGAGCGCCGGAAAAAGGAGGAAGAGGAAGAGGAGGAGGAUGAAGACGAGGAGGAGGACGAGUUCGAAGAUGUGGCGGUUGGGACUCCAAAUGGAGUUCCAGAUGCUAAACGCGUCAAGCUGGAGACAUCUGCGGCGCCGACGCCGAUCAACACGGCGACACCUGCGGUAUCAAAUGGCGACGGGGGAGAUGAGAGUGAUGAAGACGAAUUCGUUGAUGUCUGAUUUGCAUAGCGACGGCGUUUGGGAACGGGUGCUCUAUACCAGGGCAGGCAUACGUCGGGCUACUGACGAAGGGAUAUGGAGCUAAAUGGCUUAACUGGGGGUGGGUCGGAAAAUAGAGCAUUUUUAACGAGGGCAUAUAGCCUUCAAGCGGGUCCUUUGCGCAAAGGGCACUCAAAGGAGGACGUUUAAUCCGGGUUAUAUCAUAGAGGGCUGCUUAGACUAUCUGAAUACAUGUGACGGC